AAGAGAGAGACAAAAAAGGGAAAAGUAAAAGAAAGAAGGGACAAGCAAAGUACAAGAGAAAAAAAGGCAAAGGAGCUACAGGAACGACAAGAACGCAAGAUACAGUAUACAAACGACAGGAGGAGCAAAAAAGAGGAAAGGAAAAGAAAAACAACAGAGUAAGCGAAGGAAAAGAUAA